AUGGUAAAGAACAGUAUCCCCAGACAGGAGGAAACCCUGGAGACGUUCAUUGUGGAAUCUGUCAAAGAGAGCGCCCCACCAAGCUUCAAGGAGAAAGAAUUGCCCAAUGUAACGAGAUCGUGGAAGAGUUACAUGGACAGGCUUCUGAUACAGGACUUUCAGGCCGCUACUCUUCAGGUGAUGGAUUCGCCGUAUGAUGAGGAGACUGCAGAACAGAUGCCGAUAGAGGUGUACGAAUUCCCAAACGGGUACAACAGAGAGUUUGGCGUCGAGAGAUAUCGCAUUCCAGAAAAACUCUUUGACACAUCCCUCGUCAAGGGUGCUGAUGGUAAUAGUAUGCUUAGUAUGAGCCACGUUGUAACCACUAGUGUGGGACUAUGUGAUGUCGAUAUCAGAGGGGCUCUGUUCAGCAAUGUCAUUGUGACGGGAGGUAAUAGUUUAUUACGAGGGUUCACCGACAGAUUGCAUAGGGAUCUACAGAGCAAAAUACCAGCUAAUAUGAAACUAAAGUUGAUCUACUCCAGCACCAGUUCAUCAGAGAAGAGAUUCAGUUCAACGGAAAGGAGAUUCAGCUCUUGGAUAGGUGGCUCUAUACUGGCAUCACUGGGUACAUUCCAACAGAUGUGGAUAUCAAAGCAGGAAUAUGAAGAACAAGGGAAGUCGGUCGUCGACAAGAAAUGCCCAUGAGAUUGACCAAUCCCCAACGGCCCCAUUAGGAUGGACCUAAAAUACUUGGGAUACAAUUUGGAAUUUCAUGACAGCGUUUUCAUGAAUUUCGUCAUACAUGCCCACAAGUUGCACCAAUUUGUGUCAUCAAUCCAUCGUGUUAAUGUUAAGAGAUUGGUCAAUAGCAGUGUACCCAAUGCCGUGCAUUAAUUAGUGUCUUUCUUUCAAACUGAUUUAAAACCACAAUUAAGUACAACAGUUUUCCUGAAUUUUUUUACUGGUUUUUCCUACCUUUAUUCAUCCGUGCUCGUGGAAUUCAUAGUUCUAAGCCAAAAAAAAUUUCGGCUUCAUUUUUAUAACAAAUCACAGACACAGGUGACAAGUGGGACCUUGCAGCUUGGGUUAUUUAAAGUCAAAUUAGGGUUAGUUUUUGCCUUUAAAUCAGACAAUCCGUAGCUUGACUAUGUAUUAACAUUUAUUUCCACAAUAAGAUCAACAAAUAAACUUAUGAUAAAUUACAAUGGAAGUUCACCCUGAAGAAAUAGCAGAAAAAAUGAUGUUGUUGAAGGUUUGAGGAAAAUCUAUUAAAGAUUAAGAAAGUUAUCACAUUUUUAAGCUUUGGAUUUACAUGUAUGACGUCAUAAACAAGCAGAUGCCCUUAUGUUAUUUUAUAUUAAAUGCAUGAAUUGUAAUUUUCUAAUGGUUCAUGAUGACUUAGUCUUUAUUUUCUUUUAGGAACGGGUGUGAAAUGAUUUGUGAAUUGAUGAUACUGAAAGUACAAUAAAAAACAUUUUAGUUUUUUUAGAAUAAUGACUUUUCAUUGAUUUUUUACCAUAUGAUAUGUAGGAAAGCUGCUUGCAUAUGAUGUCACAAAUCAAAUAAUCAAAAUUCUAAUAACUUUUUUAUUCUUUGAUGGAUUUUUCUUAAACCUUCAGCAAUAAUUUCAUUAUUUUGUCUGCUGUGUUUACAAUAAACAUUUGUCAUGGUGAACUUCCACUUUAAUGGUCAAAUUGAGCGUUGUGGCUCAGUGGAUUAGUCUCCAGACUUUGAAACAGGGGGUCGUGGGUUCAAAUCCCAGCCAUGGCGUAAUUUCCUUCAGCAAGAAAUGUAUCCACAUUGUGCUGCACCCUACCCAGGUGAGGUGAAUGGGUAUCCGGCAGGAUUAAUUCCUUGAAUGCAUGAGCGCUGAAAGGCAGCUCAAGCUAAAGCCGGGGUAAUAAUGAAAAUAAACAAUGCGCCUCAGAGUACAUUAUUUCUAGAUAGAUGGCGCUAUAUAAAUGCCUAUUAUUAUUAUUAUUGUUAAGUUUUUGUCAUUGGGAACUUCCCCUUUAAUGGUUAAAUCCUUGGUAUUUUAUGCCCAUCCUUCUGGGUAAUAAAUGUCAAUCAUGUGCGUUGUGUAGAUAUGUAUAUACAUUUUUGUACUGUAGAAAAAAAAAUCAUCAAUGACUAAUUUAUUCACUUUACAUACACACCGAUAUACAGAAUGGAUGACUGGGUAGUAGACUAUCACUGUAUAUUCUGUGCUUAAAAUUUCUUUAAAAAGGAAUCAAUGUCCUUGGAGCUUGAUAACAAGAAUCUAAUGCCAUAUGAUCAAAUGUAUUCAUAUUGUCAUGGUGCAUAUACAUUUAUAUGUAUGGCAGAUACAAAAACUUCAUUCAUUGGUUCAUUGUGAGCUACAUCGCACAAUCUAUUUUAGACAGUAUCUGUCAUGUAUCAGUGGCCAGAAUUCAUGUUCAUAUAAAAUCAUUUCCAAUUGGAAAUCAUCAUCGGGUGGUAUUUCGGUAAUUAAACCGAGGGUAUAGCCUAGUCUAGAAUUUUAAACCACACUUAUAUGGAAUGCUGGUCUUCAUUUUUCCUCCAUGUCCGUGGGAAUUAUAUUGUAUCAAUUAAUUCACCCAAAUUCAUUUUAUUUUUGUAUUUGUUAUUCUUCCUAUUCCUGGUGAGCGUUUUAUGAAAGGACUUGUCGGACGUUUUAUCCAACAGAUCCUGUUUUAACCAACAGUUUACCAUGGAAACUGUGCUCCUCAGCCGAUCAAAAUCAAGGAAAGUUGUCUGAUACGACAACUCGUCUGACAAAAAUGUUGAUGAAACGCUCCCCGGGUCUCAAUUCAUUAGUUGAUUAGGUGAAUGAGUUGACAACUGGCAUUCCUUAAAAAUGUAGUUUCUAAGUGAACCCAGGGGGUUGUCUUAAGCCCUCAUCACACUUGGGGGGGUUAAGUGAAAAAUAUCCAUGAACUCUGUGUACAACUCUACAACUCGGUUGUAGUAAUGUGAAAAUAUGUUUCUAUUAUUGUCAUGUUUGUUUCUGUUUUUCUUUGUUGAUGUAGAUGUUAUUGAAAUAAAUGUCAUACAGUGUAAUUAUUUACUAUAU